AUGCCUGUUGAUUUAGAUAACUCCUCCACUGUUUCCGGCGAUGCAAGCUUUUCAUCGACCGGAAACCAAAACCCACCACCGAAGAAGAAACGGAAUCUCCCCGGAAUGCCUGAUCCAGACGCGGAAGUGAUAGCUUUAUCACCUAAAACUCUAAUGGCAACGAAUAGAUUCGUUUGCGAAAUCUGUAACAAAGGGUUUCAAAGAGACCAGAAUCUUCAGCUUCAUCGUCGUGGUCACAAUCUACCAUGGAAACUAAGACAGAGAUCGAGUAAAGAAGUGAGGAAGAAAGUCUACGUUUGUCCUGUUUCAGGCUGUGUUCAUCACGAGCCUUCACGUGCUUUAGGAGAUCUCACUGGAAUCAAGAAACACUUUUGUCGGAAACACGGAGAGAAGAAAUGGAAGUGUGAGAAAUGUUCAAAGAAGUAUGCUGUUCAGUCAGAUUGGAAAGCUCAUUCGAAGAUUUGUGGAACCAAGGAGUAUAGAUGCGAUUGUGGAACUCUGUUUUCUAGGAGAGAUAGCUUUAUAACGCAUAGAGCUUUCUGUGAUGCUUUGGCUGAAGAAAGUGCGAAGAAUCAUACUCAAAGUAAGAAACUUUAUCCAGAAACAGUCAUUAAGAGGAAGAACACAGAACCUGAUCAGAAAUCUCCAUCCGCCGUUGAUUCUCCUCCUCAUCCGCCGCAGCAGCAGCAGCCUCAUUCUCCGCAGUCGGUUGCUCUAGCUCCGGCACCGGCUAUUUCGGUUGAGACUGAGACUGAGUCUGUCAAAAUCACAUCUUCCUCGGUUUUGCCGAUUCAGAGUUCUCCAGAAUCUCUAGAGAACACACCUCCUGAAGUUAUCAUCGAGGAAGCUCCAAGAACGAUCGGUUUCAAUGUGAGCUCAUCGGGUCUAAGCAACAAUCACAGUAACCAUAACGGUGUAUACGCAGGCUUGUUUGUAUCAUCGACAGCUUCACCUAGUUUAUACGCUUCCUCAAACACUUCCCCAAGUUUAUUCGCGCCGUCUUCCUCUAUAGAACCCAUCUCGCUCUGUCUCUCGACAAACCCUUCUUUGUUCGGAGCAGCGAUGCAAGAACCGCCACAUUUCCUAACCCCUCUUCCUCAACCGGCAAUGUCAGCCACAGCAUUGCUCCAAAAAGCUGCCCAAAUGGGUUCCACAGGCUCAGGAGGUUCAUUGCUACGCGGGUUAGGCAUAGUUUCAACCACUUCCUCAUCUAUGGAGCUUGGCAAUCACGAUGCAGCGUCCUUAGCCCCUGGUCUUGGACUUGGACUACCUUGUAGCAGCGGUGGAAGCGGAUCAGGUCUUAAAGAGCUCAUGAUGGGAAAUUCCUCUGUGUUUGGUCCGAAACAAACGACACUCGACUUUCUCGGAUUGGGAAGAGCUGUUGGUAAUGGUGGUAACCCCGGUGGCGGAUUGUCUGCUCUGUUAACUUCAAUCGGUGGUGACGGUGGAAUCGAUGUUUUCGGAUCGGGGGAGUUUUCAGGGAAAGACAUUGGUAGAAAUUCCUAA